GGGACAGUACUGUCAAUGGCUUCUUAUGUCUCUGCUAAUCUAUUUUCCAACGAAAUGGAAAAUAAACAAUUGAAAUUAUUAGUUAGUGGAGAUGUUGAAGGAAAUUUUAAGACAUUAUUUUCAAGAGUUGCCAACAUCCAGAAAAAGAAUGGCCCAUUUGAUCUAUUAUUAUGUGUUGGAGAUUUUUUUGGAAAUGAGAAUGAAGAAUGGAACCGGAUUUUGAAAGGAGAACUCUCAGUGCCCAUAACAGUACUUAUUUUGGGAGCUAAUCAAGAUGCCCAUUGUUCAUAUUAUCCCGAAAAAGAAGGAAGUGAACUCUAUGAAAAUAUAUUAUAUCUUGGCAAACAAGGAGUAUUCACCACUAGUUCUGGAUUACAGAUUGCGUAUCUGAGUGGCAGGCAGUGUGACACUAAUUACGGUUUUACUGUAAAUGAUGUUGAUGAUCUCAUUAAUUCAGUAUCCUCAAGCAAACAAUUCAAAGGAGUUGAUAUAUUAAUUACAUCUCAGUGGCCAAAAGGAGUUGAAAAAUAUGCUGGAGAUGUGGAAGGUGUUAAUUCAGAUCAAUGUGGUUCUCAACUUAUUUCUAAAUUGGCCCUUAAAUUACGACCACGGUAUCAUUUUGUUGGUUUGCAAGGAAUUUUUCAUGAAAGAUUACCAUACAGGAACCACAAAGUGCUCCGAGAAACUGCCCUACACUGUACCAGGUUCAUCAGUUUAGCAAAAGUCUCCAACAAACAGAAACUGAAGUUCCUUUAUGCUUUUCACAUUGAGCCUCUUGUAAAUAUGGACAACACAGAAUUAACAAAACAACCUGAAGAUGCCACUGAAUGUCCUUACCAGUUGUCUCAGUUAGAGGACAGCAAUGUAAAAGAUGAAGGUCAACAAUUCUUUUUUGAUAUGAAGGCUCCAUUAGCAAAAGGACAGAAAAGAUCUAAGGAUGAUGAAGACAAACAGAAGAAAAAGCACAAACCAGCACAACCAUCUGGCCCUUGUUGGUUCUGUUUACGUGGAGAAAAAGUGGAGAAACAAUUGGUUGUUAGUGUUGGAGAGACAACAUACAUGGCUUUAGCAAAAGGAGCCAUGGUUCCAGAUCAUGUUCUUAUCCUCCCAAUUGGUCAUUACCAGUCUACUGUGGUGGCUCCAAGUGAAGUUGUGGAAGAAAUUGAGAAAUAUAAGUCCAAUUUAAGAAAAUAUUUCAAAUGUGUGGGGAAAGUUGUAGUUUUCUUUGAACGAAAUUACAAGACAUCACAUCUUCAGAUACAGGCCAUUCCUGUCCCUGCAGAUCUUGCAUGUAAUAUUACCGACACAUUUACAGAGUUUGCAGCUGAGGAGUCCAUUGAUCUGAAUGAAAUACCAAAGCAUUCUGAUUUAAAGCAGAUUGUUAAUGUUGAGGCGCCAUAUUUCUAUGCAGAAAUACCAACAGGAGAGAAGUUUCUCUGCAGGAUAUCCAAAGGUUUCCCCUUACAAUUUGGCAGAGAUGUUUUGGCUUCACCAAUGCUGCUUAAUAUGCCUGAACGCAUCGACUGGAAGAAUUGUACAGAAAGUCAAGAAAAGGAAAAACAAAUGGCUCAGGAAUUUAAGAAAAAGUUCAAAGACUUUGAUUUUAAUUUUAGCUCUUAGCACAUUUUUAAAAAAAUGAAUAAAUUGAUUUUAAUGUCUUUUA